CUUGUUUACACAGUUGCCUCUACUAACGCACUAACUUGCCAUUAGCUGGCUCUGUUUGCGAAGCGAAAUUUAGUGUCUUUCCAGCGACUGUGCCGGGUAGUUGGUUCUCUUCAACAAAACGAGCAAAUAUGACGAAAACAAAGGAUAAAUUUGACUCUGCAAAGAAGAAGCGCAAGUCCGCUGCGGUCGACGACGGGGAAGCGACGGAAGCGCCGCCGCAAGGCAAGGAGGUCCGAUUCCAAGUCGAGGAGCGGCCAGCAAAGCGGCGGUUCGUGCUACCCGAGGGCUUUGCGCCCGUGCGUGCCCGCUGCGCCGUUGAUCCCAAGGAGGUCGCGGCAGGAAAGCAGGAGCUAUGGCUCAUCCAGCUGCCCACAAUCAAGGCCAUGCAGAUGCUGGCCGCCGCGGGCACACUAGAGGUGGACCUGCGGACGGGGGCCGUCACGGCGCCGGGCGUGCCUGCAGACCCAGUGGCGACGGUGCAGGACCGGGAAGGCGCCACUUAUGGGCUGGUGCCGGAGUCGACUGGCAUGGCGCGUCAGGUGGUGGCGGUGUGCCCAGUGGGCGACGACGCGGGCGCGGCGCAGGCGGUGCCUAUCAGCCGGCGGCUGACGCUGGUGCGCAUGUCGGGGCCGGGCGGCGCGCCGGCGUCCAUCGCGGCGGGUGUGGCGGCGGGCAUGGCUGAAGACGAGGCGGCGGCUCUUGCGCGACUGGACGCCUCGCUAGCGGCAAUGGAGGCGGCGCGGAAGGAGUCGGCGGCGAUCAUGGCGGCGGAGGCCGGGACGGAUGUGACGUGGGCAGCGGUGGCGGCAGGCGCAGCGGCGGCGCCACAGGCGGCGGGGCAAGCAGCAGCAGGUGGGGCUGCACAGAAAGGGAAGGAGAAGGAGAAGCAUAAGACGCCGGCGGCAACGCCUGUGGCGGCUGCCGCCCUGACGCCAGCGACAGGCGGCGACGCGAAGAAGGACAAGAAGGAGAAGAAGGACAAGAGCGAAAAGAAGGACAAGAAGGAGAAAAAGGACAAAGAGAAGAAGGAGAAGAAGAGCGAAAAAAAGGAGAAGAAGGCAAAGAAGGAGAAGAAGGAGAAGAGGAAGGACACGGACUCGGACAGCGACUGAGCGAGACAGCAUGGCGGUGGGCCCGGCCUGGGGAACUGGGUGACCGGGCGGCCUUGUUUCCAGGCGGCAGCAGUUGCUUUGAAAGGGUGGUCCGUGCCAUGGAUGCAGAGGUGUGCUAAAGUGUCUGCUUUGCGCUAGUGGGCCAUCAGUAUGAAUGAUGGCAUUGAGCUGUACAUCAAUAAAAGUGUACGGGCGUCGUCCUUGAGGUUGGUGGUGGGUUCAAGGCUGGGUUGCCGCUGGCAGGCUUCGGCUGAGACGCUGAGUACCGUAAUAUGCAUGUAACAAUGUGAACCG